AUGGGGUCUGUUUCCGUCAUCUUCUUCAGCUUUGCUGCUCUGGGGGUGCGGGCGUCCCCUAUGAACUAUAAGCCCAUGGAUUCAAACCCCAACAUCUUCAACAGACGCGGUAUCGGUACCAGUCUCUUCUGCCCUGAUUUCUUCGCUUCCUCUUCCCCAGUCGACAUCUCCUCGCUCCUGUCGAUCUUUCUCGAGACCCCUUCAGCAGUACAAUCACCAAUCUUGUCUUCGGCUAUGCUCUCGGGUUUUGCUUCAUACCCGUCGCAGGGUGUCGGUGAUGAUGGCAACCAGGGAGGGAGCCGUUACCUGCAAGUAGGGCAAACGAGAGUUUGGGGGCGAGAUAUUGCAUCGUUCGCUACAGACACGUCAUACACGGGGACAGUAGCGGCUGAAUCGGUGACUGUGGAUUCUCAGUACUACCCGCAGACGACGGGUCCGUCGUAUGCGACUCCGAGUCUUGACAGUCCUCCUCAGACAACGGACCUGUUAAUUGAGACAACGAGCUUUGAUGAGCCUCAGACCACAAGCUACGACGAGUCUCAGACGACGAGCUACGACGAGCCCCAGACCACAAGCUUUGACGAGCCUCAAACCACAAGCUAUGAUGAGCCUCAAACGACAAGCUAUGACCAGCCUCAGACCACAAGCUUUGAUGAGCCUCAAAUGACGGACCCAUCCUAUGAUACUACGAGCUUUGGUGAGCUUCCUCUCUUGCCGGUCCUUUAG